UAUACUUUGCCUUAGUCGCCGCCUUAAACGCGACUUCAUCUAUCAACAACAUCAACACUUCUGAACACAUCCUUGUUAGAUUAGAUCCGCUCAAAUCUUUCUGCCUCAAAGAUCAGCGGGAACAAGACUAUCGAGAUCGAGAUUAUGGCGCCGGCGAGCAUGGCUUGGACGGUGGCUGCCGCCCUAGGGGUUGUGGAGGCGCUGAAAGAUCAAGGAUUCUGUAGGUGGAACUACACCAUGCGAUCAGUGCUCCACCAUGCCAAGACCAAACUCAGGUCCUUCUCCCAGGCCAGGAAGCUGCCGUCGCCGGCGGUGGUUUCGUCGUCAAGAAAUGCGAAGACAGAGAGGUCAAAGCGGUCGGAGGAGACGAUGAGGAAAGUCAUGGAGCUCAACUGUUGGGGUCCCAAAUUGUGAGAAUUGGGGAUCUACGGGAAUCGUGUUUGUUGAGUCCGUAUCAAAUGCAAGGAGAAUAGAAAUAUAUGAUAGGCAGCUAGCUAUGGCACCGGCGAGUUCAUGAGAGGAAAAAAAUAUGUGGAUUAUGUGGCAGAGUUCUUGCUGUUCCGAGCAGGUGAAGCGACCGAGACAGAAGAGUUACCAUGCAGUGUAUAUUUCUAUUAAGUUAGCUUUCUAUUAAGUAGCUUUUGUUAAGGAAAUGAAGUGCGAAGAUAUGGUUAAAAUGUUUUUUAAAUUAAAA